AUGACAAAGAAAAGAAGGAACAACGGUGGUGCCCAAAAGGGCCAUGGCCACGUGCAGCCUAUUCGCUGCAGAAACUGCGCCCGGUGUGUGCUUAAAGACAAAGCUAUAAAGAAGUUUGUCAUUGAGAACAUAGUGCAGGCUGCAGCUGUCAGGGACAUUUCUGAAGCAAGUGUCUUCGAUGCCUAUGUGAUUCCCAAGCUCUCUGUGAAGCUACAUUCCUGCGUGAGUUACGCCAUUCAUAGCAAUGUAGUCAGAAAUCAUUGUCGGGGAGCCCGCAAGGACCGAACACCCCGUUCCCGAGUUAGAACUGUGAGUGCUGCCCCACAACCUCCACCAACGCCCAUGUAA